AAACAUGGAGGACUCCUCUGGCAGUAAUCCCCAGUCUCUCGGAUUCACAGAGAAAUUCAAGUCGUGGCUGUCGUGGUCAUGGGCUUACGUGUGCUUCCUCUGGCUCGGCAUGGUCCUGGUCAUGGUGUACGUGCUGUGGAGCCCGCUCAAACUGCACGAAAGUCUCACAUCGGCGUCAGUGUUUUUGAACACUCUGACCCCCAAGUUCUAUGUGGCUCUCACAGGGACCUCCUCCCUCAUCUCAGGACUCAUUCUGAUAUUUGAGUGGUGGUAUUUCCGUAAAUAUGGGACCUCCUUCAUUGAACAAGUGUCAGUGAGUCACCUGCGCCCCCUGCUGGGAGGAGUGGAGAGUGGCUCUACCACUGGUCUGUUCUCAUCUGUGAAUGGAGAUGCAGAGCCCAGACCCAGUGUCUCAGAGUGCAAGGUGUGGAGGAACCCCUUGAAUCUCUUCAGGGGAGCAGAGUACAACAGGUAUACGUGGGUGACUGGAAAGGAGCCUCUAACCUACUAUGAUAUGAACCUGUCUGCUCAGGACCACCAGACCUUUUUUACAGGAGACACACAGCAGUUAAGGCCAGAAGACGCAGUGAUGCAGAAGGCUUGGAGAGAGAGAAAUCCCCAGGCGCGGAUCAGAGCAGCUUACCAGGCCAUAGAGUUAAAUCAUGAAUGUGCUGCAGCCUAUGUUCUUCUCGCUGAGGAGGAGGCCACAACUAUCACAGAAGCAGAACGUCUCUUCAAAAAAGCAUUAACUAUUGCUGGAAAAGAUAUUAACUUAUUAGUGUACAUCAAGCGCAGACUUGCAAUGUGUGCGCGAAAGUUGGGGCGGAUCAAAGAAGCUGUUAAAAUGAUGAGAGAUUUAAUGAAGGAGUUCCCAUUAUUAGGAAUGUUAAACAUACAUGAAAACCUGUUGGAGGCACUUUUAGAGCUUCAAGCCUAUGCAGAUGUCCAAGCUGUUCUUGCCAAAUAUGAUGACAUCAGUUUGCCAAAAUCAGCCACUAUAUGUUACACAUCAGCUCUGUUAAAAGCCAGGGCUGUAUCAGAUAAGUUUUCUCCAGAGGCAGCUUCCAGACGAGGGCUCAGUACAGCAGAGAUGAACGCUGUGGAGGCCAUACACAGAGCAGUCGAGUUCAAUCCACACGUGCCAAAGUACUUAUUAGAGAUGAAGAGCCUGAUUUUGCCUCCAGAGCACAUCUUAAAGAGAGGAGACAGUGAAGCAGUGGCAUACGCCUUCUUCCACCUGCAGCACUGGAAGAGGGCAGAAGGAGCCUUAAACCUACUGCACUGCACUUGGGAAGGGACCUUUCGAAUAAUUCCUUAUCCACUGGAGAAGGGUCACCUGUUUUAUCCUUACCCAGGAUGCACAGAGACAGCAGACAGAGAACUGCUGCCCUCUUUUCACGAGGUGUCUGUGUACCCAAAGAAAGAGCUCCCGUUCUUCAUCCUCUUCACAGCAGGCCUUUGCUCCUUCACUGCCAUGCUGGCCAUGCUCACACACCAGUUCCCAGAGCUCAUGGGUGUCUUUGCCAAAGCAUUCUUCAGCACACUCUUCGCUCCUCUGGGCUUCUUCGCAGACAAGAUGGAGAGCUUCAUGCCGUCCAGUUUUUGGCACCAGCUGACCCGGAUCUGACCAGUCCCUCUCUCUCUAUCUCUCUCUGUCUCUCUCUCUCCUUAUCUCUCUCUCUAUCUCGACACACAUAACAAAUGACUAAACGCUCCAAGAUAAUGUAUUUGCUCUUCUCCUGUCUUCAGCAUUACGCCCCACUUCCGCAAUUGUAAGUUAUCAUAUUGGCUGAGGUCGUAUCAACACAACCAUACGAAGAUGCUCUCCCGUAAUUGUCCAGCAGAUCUUUGAGUUUCCUAGAACAAACUGAGUAUUGUUGUCAUUUGUCAUUACGAAAGCACUUGAGUUUAAAUGCAGGCUGUAUACAAAAUGUAAACAGUCGUAUGGGGAACGUUGUACCAGACGACCCCAUCGAAAACAUGAAUCAACAAAACUAUUACGUAUGUGAAGUUACAGCCUGUUUAAAAUGAAUGACUCAUUUUAUAUACUGGUACGAUUAAUGGUCUGAAGGGUAGAGCUGUUCAAAAAUAUUGAAAUCUCAGUUAUUCAGUUUGAUUAUUUGCUAAAAGAGAAAAUGAAAAUGAACAAACAGGAUGAAAUUAAUGUAGACGUCACUUUUCCACUCAAGGAAAAACAUAUGUGCACACUGAAAGGGUAAUGUUAAAGAAGGGUUUAUUCUGCAAUAUCCACUUUAUGGUGCUUUCUACCAUGUUAACAUUUUUCACUUAUCAAAAACAUGCCUGAAGAGGUUUAAUAUGUCAUCCAUGGAUGUUUGAGUAAUCUAACGAUCUCUCAGGAACUAUUGAAACCCUCCUUAUGGUUAAAUGUGCAAUUCUGUACAACAAGCCUACAUUAGUCAUACUCCUGAAUGGAAAUUUGACAUAAAAGAAGGAUAAAAAACAAUAUACUACAACUCCAUAAAUCUGAUCUGGUGUGCAGUCAUUUCAUUUCUCUUUGGAGGGGGAGUGACUUAGGGCAGAGAGCAAAGAGCGCCAAAAACAAAACUGAAACCAAUUAAACAUGUGAAUACCUUGUUUUCAGCAAAUAUAGUUUUUUUUAAUGAUAAAGGGUAACAUUUAAUACCCCAUAGAAGUGUAAAACCCCAUCUUUAACAUUCUCAAAUACACAGUUUUAGUAAAUUAUUAGAGCAAUAAUUAUAAUUGAAAUUUGAUCAGCCCUAGUAUACUCCAAAUUCCAGCAUUUAAAGUCUUAUGUUAUACGUGACGCACUUCUAAAUAUAUGACAUGAAGUAAAAUGAUCAUCGAAAUUGGAAAAGUUACAAGCUUCCAAGUUUAUUUGACAACAACCAUCUCUGUCCCAUCAUAGAAAGCACUAUGUGACUCAGAUAUUCCCUGAUAAGUGUACAGGCAGUCUGGAAGUCUGUGAGAAAUCCUCCAGCCAUAGCCCUGAUUUACUGCCCUAGUGUCUACAGUGUAUAUAGUGGCCCUGCAGUUGUUGCCAUGGCAUGACACCUAAGCACUAUAUCACUACUGCGACCUCUGACCCCCAACAUCCACCAGGAAAUGGGAUCGUCGCUGGCAUUGUUAGGGUUUUCCCAUGCUCAUGCCAAUCAUUUAAGCUGACAAAACUGCCAGACAGAACAUAUUGUCUUUAAAAAAUAUAGUUUUAUUGAUUUUAAUAAUGAUAAGAUUUUAAACUAAAUUAACUAUUGGAUAUAGGCCUGUCAUGCUAAAAUGUGUCUGUAUAAAAGUAAAUAUCGAUAACACAGCAUAAAUGAAAUAGUUUGUAUCUACAAUGAGAAAUAGAAGUUCGUAAUUCAAAUUUCUACAACUCAAAUUGUAUCAUAGUACAGAAAAAUAACCUUGAUCCUCAAAAAUAAUUGUUCCCUCUGUUGUAUAUUGAAUGAUAAAUCCAUAUAGUAACUAUCGUGACCGGCCUAAUUGGAUAAAAAGUCUCUUGCUAGUUGAGUUUCAAGGAACAAAAUAUAAGAACGCAACAUUCCCCUUGGAGAAUACAUAGUUGAGAAUUGAGAUUUCAGAAUAUAUUGGGGGUAGCUGUGCAAAAUGAAUGUGCCUAUUAACUUGUAUAUGGAAUGUUUAAAGACCUUUUAAUAGUUUGUCUUAUUUAUUGAAUUGUAAUGCCUUAGGAUAGGAUGUUAAAAUAGUGUUGACAACCAUGUAGAUUUCAAGUGCCUUUUGGUUUUGGAUAGUAGUGCCCAAUAAUUAAAAUACAGAUUAAUGAUUGCACAAUUUGACUCAAACUGAAAUCAGAGAAGGCUUACAUGCUGAAGGCAGGAGAACGUCUAAAAAAUGUAACCACCCUUAAAAAACUUAAUGGCAAAGUCACAAUAAAUACCAACUCAAAAUA